AUGGCAGCACAGCUGAAAGGUUAUGGGAAUUGGAAUGGCUACAGAGCUCCAUCUUAUGGGGGGUAUCCCAAUGGUGGAACCAAGGGACCUACACCAGGAUAUGGAGGAUAUCCUAAUGGAGGUGCAGCUAACCAACCGAAUACAGGUUCUUCACUUCAAAAUAUGGGUUACCCCAAUGGUGGAACCAAGGGACCUAGAUCAGGAUAUGGUGCUAAAGCUGGACCUUCAAAUGGACAAGGAGCAAAGCCUAAUGGAUAUGGAGGAUAUCCUAAUGGAGCUGCAGCUAACCAACCUAAUACAGGCUCUUCUCUUCAAAAUGUGGGACAUUCCAGUGGUGGAACAAAGGGACCUAAACCAGGAUAUGGUGCUAAAGCUGGACCCUCAAAUGGACAAGGAGCCAAGCCUAAUGGAUAUGGAGGAUAUCCUAAUGGAGCUGCAGCUAACCAACCUAAUACAGGCUCUUCUCUUCGAAAUGUGGGGUAUCCCAGUGGUGGAACAAAGGGACCUAAACUAGGAUAUGGUGCUAAAGCUGGACCAUCAAAUGGACAAGGAGCCAAGCCUAAUGGAUAUGGAGGAUAUCUUAAUGGAGUUGCAGCUAACCAGCCUAAUACAGGUUCUUCACUUCAAAAUAUGGGUUACUCCAAUGGUGGAACCAAGGGACCUAAACCAGGAUAUGGUGCUAAAGCUGGACCCUCACAUGGACAAGGAGGCAAGCCUAAUGGAUAUGGAGGAUAUUCCAAUGGAGGUGCAGCUAACCAACCUAAUACAGGCUCUUCACUUCAAAAUAUGGGGUAUCCCAAUGGUGGAACAAAGGGACCUAAACCAGGUUCUUCACUUCAAAAUAUGGGUUACCCUAAUGGCGGGAUCAAGGGACCUAAACCAGGAUAUGGUGCUAAAGCUGGACCCUCAAAUGGACAAGGAGCCAAACCUAAUGGAUAUGGAGGAUAUCCUAAUGGAGGUGCAGCUAACCAACCUAACACAGGCUCUUCACUUCAAAAUAUUGGGUAUCCCAAUAGUGGAACCAAGGGACCUAAACCAGGAUAUGGUGCUAAAGCUGGACCCUCAAAUGGACAAGGAGUCAAGCCCAAUGGAUAUGGAGGAUAUCCUAAUGGAGCUGCAGCUAACCAACCUAAUACAGGUUCUUUACUUCAAAAUAUGGGAUAUCCCAAUGGUGGAGCCAAGGGGCCUAAACCAGGAUAUGGUGCUAAAGCUGGACCCUCAAUUGGACAAGGAGCCAAGCCUAAUGGUUAUGGUGUUCCUGGCUAUAUGUCAAAAGGACCUUAUAAAGCAGCUAAUUCAGGUUACAUGCCUCUAACAACUGGAAAAGGUGUUUCCAAUAGAAAGGGACCUAAAGGGGAGAUUUUAAGCCCAGAAGAACCAAGUCGUCUCCCAGUAACAUCUAACACCAAGGGCUUUUUACCACUAUCUGGACGUGAGCCAAAUACAGGAGAAUUUUCAGAACAAACUAAAGACAUUCCAGCAGUUCUGCAACAAACAAAGGGACAAAAUCUUCAUCCACAGGGCAAAGCCCCUAACUCUAUGGUACCUCAGCCUGCUCCAAAUCCAUUUAUGCAAGGUCCAAGUUCUUAUAAACCUAGUAAAGCUUAUAAACCACCCACACCUGUAAUUCCACAAAAUAAAGCUCCAAAACCAGUUGCACCAGUAGUCCCUCAAGCAAUUCCUGCACCAGAAUCGGCUCCCAUUCCUCAAGCCACUUCACAGGAACAAAACAUAAGUCCCGUGGUACCACAACCAAUUACGCCACAAGCCAGUAUUUCUUCACAGGCUCCUCUAGUGCCAGAAUCAGCUCAAUCAACUCCAGAGAUUCAAAUGAAGAAUCCAACAACAACAAAUCCUGAGCUCACUGGUCUUGGACAACCAAAUGGACAGGUGCAGGGAGCUAUACCUUCAAAGCCGGAUUGUGGACCUGGAGGACAACCUAAUGGACAAUGGGUCAAACUUCCAAGUCCUGGCUUUGGAGCAGGAAUGGGUGGUUAUCCAGCUCAUGGCAUGAACAAUGGCUACAAAGCAGGUUAUGGAGGCUAUGGAAACAAAUUCAAAAAGCCAGCUGGACCACAAGGUGAGCAACCAACAGGAUUUAAGGGAAAAUCUCAAGCGAAAUAUGGAAUUGGUGGUCUUCCAUUUGGUGGUUCCCCCAAUGGAUAUCAAACAAACCCCUCUGGACAAUAUGGUAAUGAUGGUCAGCGCUAUGGAGCCAAACCCUACAAUCCUAAAGCAUUGGGAAAAUACGGACAUGGUAGUUCACCAUACAACUCUCAGCCUUUUCAUCCUGAAUCUGUUGCCAAAUCCCCUGGUAAAUAUGAUUUUGGAGGGUUACCCAACAAUGGUCAGCCACUUGGAUAUGGUAGUGACAAAUCCUCUGGCAAAUAUGGUUCUCCAGAAUCCCUGUACAAUCCAGAAACUGUCAGUCUUGGUGGUGAUGCCAAAUCCGCUAAAUAUGGUAAUCCAUCAGUGUCAUAUGAACUCCUCGGCCCAGUGACUGAUGGCCAGUCUGUUGAUGAAAACAGAAGCCUGGAGGCUUUGCAUCAAGGUCCUGAGAUUGAUGGACAGCAAUCCAUUGACCACUAUGGAGAUGGAGAGGUUCCACCCCAUCCUGAUGCUCCAGGAGCUGGAGAAGCAAAUGCACAAACCAUCGAGAAAUAUGGAACGGGAGAUUAUACAGAUGGAAGAGUUCAACCAGAAGUUGUCUCUUUCCCUGGUGUUCCCACUGUGGGCCCCGCUUCUGACAUCCCAGCUGUCACCUCACUAGACAGCACCCUUUCACUGGACGGCUCCUCCUCGGUCCCCGUUACUGUUCCCGAGGUGCCCGCUGUUCCCGAGGUGCCUGUCUCACCCAUAGUCCCUCAGCCUGAGCUGCCCACUCUAAUGCUGCAGCCACCACCACAACAGAUCCACAUCCAGCAGCACCUCAAGUUCCAGAUCCACCCACAUGGCGGCACCCAGACAGGAAAGGAAGGCAAAUACAAAUUGAAUGGAUUCUUUGGAAAUAAAUACCAAGGAUAAUUUUGAAGUGGAAGUUCAUGCUGCAAGAAUGUGUAUCUUCACUUGAUUUCUCUUUUUUUACACAAUGUUUCUGUGAAUGUUGUACAUUUUCUGUCAUUUUAUUUGAGGCUUUUGUUCUCCUUAGCCUCUAGUUUUGUAUUUUAAUGUAUUUUUAAUAUUUGGUACCUUGUCAUAAAAAUAAACAGCUGCUUGUACAAAUAAAGACAUUUUAGA